AUGUGUCCUGUAGCAGAGAUUCAAAGGUCACUCAGCCAGAAGAGCUCAGAAACAGAGUACAUUAACAAAUAUAGACAACUUGAAGCACAAGAAUUUGAUAUGUAUGGCAGUGAUCCACCAACCAGUGGACCAGGUCCAAGGCUGCCUUUGGCUAAAUUAAGCAAUGUGACAUGCAUCCCAGAGACAACUUAUAAAUAUCCUGAGUUGCCUAUAAAUCGGUGUAAGGAAGAGGUUAUUUCUUUGAUAGAAAGCAACUCUGUGGUAAUUAUACAUGGUGCCACAGGAAGUGGUAAGAGCACUCAGCUGCCCCAAUAUGUCCUGGACCGUUGCCUUCAGCGCUCUACCUCCUGCAACAUUGUGGUUACCCAGCCGCGGAAGAUCGGGGCCAGCAGCAUUGCCAGGUGGAUCAGUAAAGAGCGCUGUUGGACUCUGGGUGGCUUGGUGGGUUACCAGGUAGGGCUAGAGAAAAUAGCUACAGAAGACACCAAGUUAAUUUACAUGACCACUGGAGUCCUGCUUCAGAAGAUUGUUAGUGCUAAGAGUUUGAUGGAAUUCACACAUAUCUUCAUUGAUGAAGUACAUGAACGAACUGAAGAAAUGGAUUUUCUGCUUUUGGUAGUCCGAAAACUUUUAAGAACAAAUUCGCGUUUUGUCAAGGUUGUCCUCAUGUCUGCUACCAUCAACUGCAAGGAGUUUGCAGACUACUUCGCUGUUCCUGUUCAGAACAAGAUGAAUCCUGCUUAUGUUUUUGAAGUGGAAGGCAAGCCCCAUGCGAUAGAAGAGUAUUAUCUCAAUGAUUUGGACCACCUUUAUCACAGUGGUCUCUCUCCGCAUCGCCUGGAGGAACCACUGAUAACGAAGGAUAUCUAUGAAGUUGCUGUCUCCCUAAUCCAGAUGUUUGAUGACUUGGACAUGAAAGAGAGUGGAAACAAGACCUGGUCGGGGCCCCAGUUUGUGUCAGAAAGGAGCAGCGUAUUGGUGUUUUUGCCAGGUCUUGGUGAAAUAAACUAUAUGCACGAACUUCUCACAAACAUGAUUCACAAAAGGUUGCAAGUCUAUCCACUGCAUUCCAGUGUGACUUUAGAAGAGCAGAACAAUGUCUUUUUAAGUCCAGUCCCUGGGUACAGAAAGAUUAUUCUUUCCACCAACAUUGCAGAGAGUUCGGUCACGGUUCCUGAUGUCAAGUACGUUAUAGACUUUUGUCUGACUAGAACUCUGGUUUGUGACGAAGAUACGAAUUACCAGAGUCUGCGAUUGAGCUGGGCCUCUAAGACCAGUUGUGACCAGAGAAAAGGCCGGGCAGGACGAGUAUCUAAAGGGUAUUGUUACAGACUGGUACACAGGGAUUUCUGGGAGAGCUCCAUCCCAGACCAUGUUGUUCCUGAGAUGUUGCGUUGUCCAUUAGGAAGCACGAUCCUGAAAGUGAAGCUGCUGGACAUGGGCGAACCGAGAGCUCUGCUGGCAACCGCGCUUUCUCCUCCCAGUCUGAGUGACAUCGAGCGCACCAUUCUUCUGCUGAAGGAGGUGGGAGCCCUGGCUGUUAGUGGUCAGAGAGAGGAUGAGAACCCCCAUGACGGUGAGCUGACCUUCUUAGGAAGAGUGCUGGCCCAGCUCCCCGUCAACCAGCAGCUGGGCAAGCUCAUCGUGCUGGGACAUGUGUUCGGGUGCCUGGACGAGUGUCUUAUCAUAGCGGCAGCCCUCUCCCUGAAGAAUUUUUUUGCCAUGCCUUUUCGGCAGCAUCUUGAUGGCUAUAGGAACAAGGUGAACUUCUCUGGCAGCAGUAAGAGCGACUGCCUUGCACUCGUGGAGGCCUUCAAAGCCUGGCAGGCUUGCAGGCAGCGAGGAGAGCUGAGGCACCCCAAGGAUGAACUUGACUGGGGACGGCUAAAUUACAUCCAAAUCAAGAGAAUUAGAGAGGUGGCUGAGUUGUAUGAAGAACUGAAAAACAGAAUCUCUCAGUUCAACAUGUACGUGGAUCCUCGGCGGCCCGCGCUGGACCAGGAGUAUCCGUACAAGCAGCGCUUCAUCCUGCAGGUCGUACUGGCAGGUGCUUUUUAUCCAAACUAUUUUACUUUUGGACAGCCGGAUGAGGAGAUGGCCGUGCGGGAGCUGGCUGGCAAAGACCCCAAGACGACAGUCGUGUUGAAGCACAUCCCUCCCUACGGAUUUCUUUACUACAAACAACUGCAGUCUCUCUUUCGCCAGUGUGGUCAAGUCAAAUCCAUUGUAUUUGAUGGUGCAAAAGCCUUUGUGGAGUUUUCGCGGAAUCCAACAGAGAGAUUCAAGACCCUUCCUGCAGUGUAUAUGGCCGUGAAGAUGUCCCAGCUGAAAAUGUCCCUGGAGCUCAACGUUCAUGCUGCCGAGGACAUAGAAGGGAAGGUACAAGGAGGGACAGUGUCCAAGCUCAGGAACACAAGGGUGAACGUGGACUUCCAGAAGCAGACAGUAGACCCUAUGCAAGUCUCAUUCAACACACCAGACAGGUCCAGAACAGUUGCUGAUGUCUUCCUUACUAUUGAUGUCACCGAGGUGGUGGAAGUGGGCCACUUUUGGGGGUACAGGAUUGAUGAAAGGAAUACAGAACUUCUAAAGAAGCUGACUGCUGAGAUAAACCAGCUGGAACUGGUGCCCCUGCCUGUUCACCCGCACCCUGACUUGGUCUGCCUGGCUCCUUUUGCCGACUUCGACAAGCAAAGAUACUUUAGAGCCCAAAUCCUUUAUGUUUCUGGAAAUCAUGCCGAGGUGUUCUUUGUAGAUUAUGGCAACAGGACCCGGGUCGAGCUGUGUCUUCUAAUGGAGAUUCCUUGUCAGCUUCUCGAGCUUCCAUUUCAGGCUUUGGAAUUUAAGAUUUGCAAAAUGCGACCCUCGGCCAAGUCUCUUGUUUGCGGUGAGCAUUGGAGCGGCAGGGCCAGCGGACGGUUUGCCUCUCUAGUGAGUGGCUGUGCUCUGCUAGUGAAGGUUUUCUCAGUUGUGCACAGCGUCCUGCAUGUGGAUGUGUACCGCUACUUGGGGACCCAGGACAUCGUCAACAUCAGAGACAUCCUCAUUGGAGAGGGCCAUGCGGAGCUUUCAGAGGAGUCCUAUGAGUCGAAACAAAGCCACGAGGUCCUCAAGGGUCUGUUUUCUAAGUCAGUGGAGAAUGUGGCGGAUGGGCCUGUGUCUUCCCCGAUGAAGGACGACGAGAAGUAUCUGAUCCGAGUUUUGCUGGAGAGCUUUUCUUCCAAUAGACUGGGUGCUCCCAGCUGUAAGGCCGUGCUCCACGGGCCCUUUAACCCGUAUGAACUCAAGUGUCACAGUUUGACCAGGAUAUCCAAGUUCAGGUGUGUCUGGAUCGAGAAGGAGAGCAUCAACUCGGUGGUCAUCAGCGAUGCCCCUGCAGACCUGCGCCAGAGGAUGCUGGUUGCAGCCUCACUCUCGGUCAACGCGACGGGGUCCACCAUGCUCCUGAGGGAGACCUCCCUGAUGCCGCACAUCCCCGGGCUCCCGGCGCUGCUCAGCAUGCUCUUCGCGCCCGUGAUGGAGCUGAGGGUGGAUCGUGAGGGCAGAUGCUAUACUGGUGUCCUGUGUGGUUUGGGAUGGAGUCCAACCACGGAGGCCCCUAUACUGCCUGAGCAUGACAUGGAGCUGGCCUUCGACGUGCAGUUCAGCGUGGAGGAUAUCGUUGAGAUCAAUAUUCUCAGAGCUUCUAUCAACAAACUGGUGUGUGAUGGACCAAAUGGAUCCAGGUAUCUCGGACCAGAAAGAAUUGUGCAGUUACAGGAUAAUGCUCGUCAGAAACUUCUAGGCCUGUUCUGUCAGUUGAAGCCUAGAGAGAAGAUUAUUCCCAAGUGGCACGAAAAGCCCUAUGAGUGGAACCAGGUUGAUCCAAAGCUGGUCAUGGAGCAGGCUGGCCGGGAAGGCAGCCGAGGGAAGAAUACUUUUCUCUACCAGCUUCACAAGCUCCUGGUGCUCAGUCCCUAAAUGUGGGCAGCCGCCCGCAGCCGCCC